UGGAAAUGAAAGUUAGAGAUUGAGGGUGUAGUGUGUGUGUAUUUACUCUGCAGAACGUUAGUACUGUCUGUCCCAUUAUCGUAGGAAAAGGUGACAGGAAAACUAGAAUACGGAGUGGGACUUCACUUAAGGAAGGAUUUGGGCUUAAUGUGUGUUGUGGCAAAGCAGACAGAGUUAGUUUAUUUCUUAAGAGAAUUCCAUGAUGGCAGCAAGGAGGCCUUAAGAAGAGAUUUGAAGGCUUUCAUUCUACAUCCCUGUUCUCCUUGACUGGGUAGGAGUUACUGGGUAUCAUUCUUAAGUUUUUGGUUUCCUGCAAGUUUCUUUUCUUGUUAAGGCUGCUUCUACAGGACAUUCCUUUGAAACUUUUAGAGCUCAGAGACUACUUGAAGCAAACAUCCCAACUCUGUGAACUUCAAUUUGGGCAUAAAUUCCAGGUUUGCCAUAUGUGUCAUUGUCUCAGCAGAUGGCACCACCGAGUCCAAGCAGCAGUACCCCUAACAGCAGCAGUGGGAGCAAUGGAAAUGACCAGCUGAGCAAAACCAACCUGUACAUCCGGGGGUUGCAGCCAGGCACUACUGACCAGGACCUCGUCAAGUUGUGUCAGUCAUAUGGCAAGAUUGUCUCCACUAAGGCCAUACUAGACAAGACCACAAACAAGUGCAAAGGCUAUGGCUUUGUGGACUUUGACAGUCCUUCAGCAGCCCAGAAGGCUGUGACAGCACUGAAAGCCAACGGUGUGCAGGCACAGAUGGCAAAGCAACAGGAGCAGGACCCCACAAAUUUAUACAUAUCAAACCUCCCACUGUCAAUGGAUGAGCAAGAACUGGAGGGGAUGCUAAAGCCCUUUGGCCAGGUUAUCUCCACUCGAAUCCUUCGAGACACCAGUGGGACCAGCAGAGGGGUUGGCUUUGCAAGGAUGGAGUCCACAGAGAAGUGUGAAGCCAUCAUCACCCACUUUAAUGGAAAAUAUAUUAAGACACCCCCUGGAGUACCAGCCCCAUCUGAUCCCUUGCUUUGCAAAUUUGCUGAUGGCGGUCCAAAGAAACGACAGAACCAAGGAAAAUUUGUGCAGAAUGGACGAGCCUGGCCAAGGAAUGGAGACAUGGGUGGUAUGGCCUUGACCUAUGACCCCACCACAGCUCUUCAGAAUGGCUUUUACCCAGCUCCUUAUAACAUCACCUCCAACAGGAUGCUUGCUCAGAGUGCGCUCUCGCCAUAUCUUCCAUCUCCUGUGUCUUCCUAUCAGAGAGUAACUCAGACAUCUCCUCUACAAGUACCUAACCCACCUUGGAUGCACCACCAGUCAUACCUCAUGCAGCCUUCAGGUUCAGUUCUGACACCAGGGGUGGAUCACCCCAUUUCUCUCCAGCCUCCCUCCAUGAUGGGACCUCUUACCCAGCAAUUGGGCCACCUGUCCCUCAGCAGCACAGGCACGUACAUGCCAACGGCUGCGGCUCUGCAAGGAGCAUACAUCCCCCAGUACACCCCUGUGCCUUCUUCCGGUGUUUCAGUUGAGGAGAGCAAUGGCCAGCAAAAUCAAGUGACGGUGGAUGCUCCCUCAGACCAUGGGGUCUAUUCUUUCCAGUUCAACAAGUAACAGCGUAGAGCCUGCAUACUUCGCCUUUUUACAAUUUUUAAUUUUGUGAAAUAUUUUUGGAAUGAAAUUUCAUAUGGAAUUUUUCAAGACUGGGCAAGGAACAGGUAGAACAUGAAGCAGGCAAUGGAAGUGGCUUUUCCUCCCUCUGCCCUGCCACAUCCUGGGAGAAAAGACUAGACUUUACCUUCAGAAAGCAGAGAUGUGACCGAGGCUCAUUAAAGAGACAAUCCCACAGCCUUUGGAAGCCAUCGUUGAGCCAAAAUUGGAUGAAGACUAGGUCUUCCCUGGCAAGUUCCAGAAGGAUGGACUUACGACUUCUGACUAAUUCUUCUCACUGCCGAGGCCAACGCACUCUGAGGGAGUCUUCUCCCGCUACAGCUUUUCAGGACUACUUGCUUUCCUGCCUCCUGGAAGACCUUCUUUUCUGCCCUGGGUCUCAGGCCCCUCUCUUCCUUAUCUCACAUCACUGUACUCAGAGCCUUUCCAGUUGUGGCCUGGUUGAACCCCCUGAGGCUCCUUCCACUGUGGAAGGCCAGCUGCUUCCCCUCUAGACAGUGGUUCUCAAGGAGGUGGUUUUGUCCCCUAGAGGCCGUUGGCAAUCCCUGGAGACAUUUUUGAUUGUCAUGCCUGGUAGUGGGGGCUGUGUGCUACUGGCAUCUAGUGGCUAGAGACCAGGGAUGCUGCUAAACAUCCUACAGCACACAGGACAGCCCCACCUCCCCCAACAAAGAACUAUCCUGUUCAAAAUGUCAGUAGCACCAGGGUGGAAAAACCUUGGUGUAGACGGUGUUGCCCCUAACUCCUGUACUAGAGCACUUGGUGAGUUCCCAGCUCAACCCUGGACCGCAGUGCCUUUUGACACUCAUGCAACUGGACAGGCACAGAACUGAGGUCCUUGAAUUUUCCUCAGGCUUUGACCUUUGACACUUCUGCGUACAUCAAGAGCUAGCUGUUCUUGAAAGGCUUGUGCUGUUGUGUGCAUGCCACAUGCAUACACACAUUCAGAGGGAUUGAGGGGGCACUGUCCCCUGUGUGCAGUGCCGGGGUGGGAAAGGACAAGGCUCUCUGUAAAUGUCCAGAGCAACCUGCCCUGCCUGGUAUGUUUGGGCCCCUUUUCCAGGGAACCAGGACAUCAAAAAUAUCCUUCUUGUGGAAGGACAACAGGGAGCUAGGAUAGAAAAGGGCAGUAAAUCCCAUCUCAUUAUUUACAAGGUCAGGGGUCCUUUAAAGAAGUCCCCAUUUUGCUGUUCACCUGCAUCUCCUUCUGCAAGACCUGACUCUUUGUACAUGGAGACACAUAGGAGAGAGCCUUUGCCCAUUUUCCAGAAAAUAAGAUCCUACACCUCUCUUCUCCCAAGUCACUCCCGCAUGCACUGAAUGGAGAGUUCUGCUCCCCUUUGCUGAAAUUCACGGUCAGGUGCCUUUCCACUAGACAGUCAGACAGAAAGCCAGAUGCUGGAGAAUGGAGAAACAGGUGUUCAUUAGGCUGGCUGUAGGGAGAGGAAGGAGAUGAUAUUGGGGGGAAAAAAGCUGUACAGAGAGCUUGGGCCCAGCUUUCCCUCCCCUCCUACCCAUCCCAGAAUUGAGACUCUCAAUGCUGUCUACCCCUAGACUGUCCUUUGUAAUCCUAGGGGUAAGGGAGUGGGGGACAAUGGGUAGCAUAUUAAGUGUAAAGGACAAAAUUGCCACUAUUAAUUUUCUCAUGGGUGCUUCCAACCUCAGGAAGGGCUUAUCUAAUUAAAACAGCUCCAAGCUCAGUAACCUUCUAGAAGGGUUUGGCUGGGUAGGUAGCUCUUAUUUCUGAGUCUCCAGCCCUUAGUCAAGGAAAGUACACCAUAGAUUUCUUGUCAGUGGCCUUGAAGAAAAAGAGAAAAAUCUAGAAUCCUGUUCAUUUGAUUGAUAGUUUGAGGAGCCUUGCACUGCUAGGAGGUUUGGUGCAGUGGGGACCUUUCACGGGUGGAAACUGUUGUUAAUGUCACUGCUGCCCCUUUUCUGCCUCCCAGAACUCCUGAUUCUGCUUUUUCUGUAUUUAAAAAAAAUGUUCAAAUGGCCAUGA